AGGUAAACAAGAAAAUAAUUGUAGAGAUAAAUACUUUUAUUUUAUCUAUAUAAAGCUUGAGGCUUGAAGAAUAAGUUGCUCAUUCUUUCUUGGCGACCGCAAAAGAGAAUGGGACUCUGCUUCCAACCCAUCUUAGCCUCUCUGUUUCUCAUACUCCUCUCUUCACUCCCUGAGCUAUUAUCACAAUCUCAACAACAUUUUUUGGGACAAAACAACACAAGCUUAUUGGGAGAAGAGAGAUCAUGCAAUUGGUUUAGAGGCAAAUGGGUCUAUGAUUCUUCAUAUCCUCUCUAUAGUCCUUUUUCUUGUCCCUUCAUCAACCCUGAAUUCAAUUGCCAGAAAACGGGUCGACCAGACACUAACUAUCAACACUUCCGAUGGCAACCUUUCUCAUGUUCUCUUCCCAGAUUCGAUGGGGUGAACUUUAUGAGGAGAAUGAGAGGGAAGAAGAUAAUGAUGGUUGGUGACUCACUGAGUCUCAACAUGUUUGAAUCGUUGGCAUGUUUGAUUCAUGCAUCUCUUCCUAAUGCUAAGUACUCUCUCAGUCGAAGCCAGCCUCUCACUUCACUCACUUUCCAGGAUUAUGGAGUGACAAUACUUCUGUACAGAACACAGUUUCUAGUAGAUGUGGUUCAAGAAAAGGCAGGACGAGUGCUUGUACUUGACUCCAUGAAACAAGCCAAUGCUUGGCUUGGCAUGGACGUUCUGAUCUUUAACUCAUGGCACUGGUGGACUCACACUGACGGAAUCCAGCCGUGGGAUUAUAUGAGGGAAGGAAACACCUUGUACAAAGACAUGAACAGGCUUGUGGCUUUUUACAAAGGACUAAACACAUGGGCUCGAUGGAUUAACGGUAACAUUAACCCUUCACGCACUCAAGUCUUCUUUCAAGGUGUUUCUCCUGUUCACUACGAUGGAAGGCAGUGGAACGAACCAUCGCAGUCGUGCAAGGGCCAGACUCAGCCGUUCAUGGGAGAAAGAUAUCCAGGAGGAUUGCCCUUAGGUUGGGUUGUGGUGAACAAAGUGUUGAGCCGAAUCAAGAAACCGGUCCGUCUUCUUGAUCUCACAACUCUCUCGGAGUAUCGCAAAGACGCACACCCAAGUCUCUAUAAUGGUAUCGCAAAGGGUCUAGACUGUAGCCAUUGGUGUCUCCCUGGUCUCCCUGACACUUGGAACUUACUUCUCUACGCAUCUCUUACUUCAUAGUUCUCGUUCUACAUAUUGAUUUUUAUACAAUUCAAUAAAUAAUUUGUGGAGUUCUUGUGAUUGUGAUUCAGAUUUUUAUCUUUAAGUGUAAUUAAUAUUUAUACUAAUUACAUUUUGGGCUUAA